AUAUUAAGAUGUAAUUUUAGAUCAUUAAUUUUAUUGAGAGGAGAUGUAUGAUGUAGGAGUAGUCAUUUUUUUCGUUUCUGACCCAAGUAUAGCCAACCUGGGUCGGCGUGUAAGGCCACAGAACCUUUCUGUGUGCGGCUCUACAACCAUUCUGCCCCAUACCCAUAAACCCACAAUUUUUAUCUUAGAAGGCAAAUAGAGUUUCAUCUUUCUCUGGAUGCAUAGGUGUCAUUUGUUGUGGGGUGUUAUUGAAUCAAGAUUUGUUAAGGUGACCUCCCCUCCUACUUCACAGGCGCAAUUACGAUUAUAUGUAUGCUUGCUUUUGUUCGAAUGAAUGUGUUCAUGGCAUAUAGAAUGAAUGCAAUCAUGUUGCCGUCUCUGGCAGCAGCAGCCGAGAAUGAAAGCCUUGGACAAUUGUUUGUAGUUUCAAGAAGUUCACCUAUCCUGUAUUUCUCCAACAACAGUCUAGAAGCAACUGAACAAAUUCCAAAGAUUGGUCUAAAAUGUAUGCCAUCUCCUAAUAUUAUUAGGUCCCGGACAAGAAGACGUGGUUCAAGAAUAGCAUUUGCUCUGGAUACAGGAAGAAUUCCCAGUAGUAGUAGUGAUGAUCAAGAUGGCCUCAAUGGUGAUGGUCGUGAUCUAGGUGGGACUCGUUUGGGAAGGAUAGUAGGUGCUGGAGCCAGGCAGUUGUUGGAAAAGAUUAAUUCAGCUCGGAAAAAUUUUCCUAUGAAAGUAUUUCUGCUUCUCCUAGGUUUUUAUACUGCAAAUGCCUUGGCUACAAUCCUAGGGCAGACUGGUGAUUGGGAUGUAUUAGUAGCUGGAGUCGUCGUAGCUGCAAUUGAGGGAAUUGGAAUGCUCGUGUAUAAAAAACCACCUUCUCUUCCGUCCAGGAGGUUUGAGUCUCUCGUUUCAAUGGUGAACUACUGGAAAGCUGGUGUUAUUCUUGGUCUCUUUGUUGAUGCUUUCAAACUAGGCAGUUGAUUUUCUCUGUAGCAACCUUUGAGUUCCUUUCUCAAAAUGAUUGAUUGUUACCUCAAUGCAUUCAUCUCCUAUCUAUACUUAACUGAGAGUUGAGGUGCUAA